AUGUCUAGCAUUAAACCGACCUACUUUCUCACUCCACCCCGCCCCUACCCACCCUCCGGCCCCAUCCGACUGGGCGGCAUCAUCCCCUCCCCAACCCUUCCCGACGAACCCCUCCACAUCCCUUCCGUCCCAGAGUCGCACGAAAUCAGCUCAUUCAACGAGAAGAACUGGUCGGGCUCCCAUGUCCGCACAUCGUCAUCACGCUUUGGAAUCUGGACAUCUUUCCUACAAAUGAUUCUCAGUGUUGGCGGUGACAUUAGCGUAACCUCAAAAUCCGAGAUCAAUGAAGCAUGGAGCGUAGACAAUAUGUGCACCAUGUCGUUUGUGCCAAGCCAGGCGUUCAUUGAGAAAAGCGUGCAGGCGGAACAAGUGAGACACUAUAUCAUUGAGAAUCGGUGGCGCGAAAAGAUUUAUAUGAUCACGGGAGUAAUGAUAGCAUCUGGAGCCACGACUUUUCGGGAGAGUUUGGAAGAGAGGGGCUUGUUUAUAUCGGUCGGUGUUGAUGCGACUGCCUGGACUGGAGUGCCAAUUAGUCUAGGUCCAGAGGCGAAGUGGAAGAAGAACGAAGUUGUUGGGAGACGGAGUGAGCAGCAGGAUGAUUUUGUGUUUGCGUUUAGAGUUAGGGAGAUUAGGGUGAGGAGGAAGGGUGGAGUAAAGAGCACACGCGCGUUUAAUAAGGGUGCACUGUUUGGC